CAGAAAUAAAGUUAAUGAGGAAGAGAUUACUACUACGUAGGUAAAUGCUAAUAGUUCAAGACUACCUCCAUGAGUAUUGUGAAGCAAUUGUACCUCGACCGGAGAAGCUGGCAGACGUCAAUGUAUACUACCCCCAUUUUAAUUACCCUUUGCAAAUUGCUGCUGCUUGGGGCCACCUAUAUCUUGUCCGCUAUCUUCUAGACUAUGGAGCAAAUCUCCGACAACGUUAUCAAAGGGGUAACGUCGCAUACCGGCAGAAACAAUACAUUCGUCAUGACUCGAAAGGGAGCGCUUUGCUAGCUGCCGUUUUCGAAGGCUGUAGACAUCCUCCGCGUCCUCUUAGAACCGCAGCAUCGACUAUCCACCUUGGAUGAUGGAUAUCGCAUGGCGAUCAUGGCUGGGCUGUGCGGUGGCCACCUUCAUCUUUCCGAAUUAUUCAUCCACGUAGAGGGAAGAACUCUAUCUGAUUAUUCGGAGCUGAUCCCGUGCAGGGCCUUCACAGGGCUGUUAUGUGGGACGUUCGCACCUAGCCGAGUGGAUUUUAUCGAAAUAUCCAAAUUUGCUCGGUCGAAAAUUGGAGGAUGGACGUUCUGUUGGAGAGUGGAUAUGACUCUGUACAAGGUUGGAGCGGAGUAGAUACCCAGGAAUGACAACCCUUUUGAUCGAUGCCGGCGCUCCGUCAAAUGAUGGAUAAAAACACUCAGAACUCUUCCAUAGUUACACCAGCGAUAGGAUUUAGAGGAUUAGUAAAUUUGCUGUUGUCCCUUGGACCCAAGGAUCGGGAAAUAGACAAGAGUAGAGAUGCCCCAAUUCCAUCGACAUAGCGCGGGUGCGCAGCGGCUAGUGAACUAGAAUCAACGUUGAUCUUUAGUGUUGACAUCGGUGCGAACGGCUUAAUAUAGUGUAUACGUGAGUCCAUGUUGAUCCCUUGUAGAUGGCGAACUACCUGCGGAACAGAGUAGACGCGUAUAUUCGUCCCUCAAUCUGGCAUAUGUUAGCGAGCGACGAACGCAGCAGAGCGGGUGUAAUG